AGGGAGAUUGUGAAAAUGCAGGCUGAGCAGUGCACUGGAGCUGCCAUGGCUGGGUCAGAUGAUAACGAGCUUCCCAAGAUACCUGAAGAGGAUAUGGAAGCACUGAAGGCAGCUGUUGGGAAAGGAAAUCUCAAUGAAGCAGCUGCUAAUGCGAAAGAGGCUCUGGAGAUGGCUGAUAAAUCAGUCAACAUCGCUGUCACGGGGAAGACAGGCUCUGGAAAAUUGUCCUUCGUCAAUGCCAUCCGGGGCCUGGAGGAUACAGAUAAAGGUGCUUCUGAGACGGGGGUGAAUGAAACGACAAUGGAGCCCACUGCUUACCCACAUCCUACAUACCCAAAUGUAACCAUCUGGGAUCUGCCAGGGAUCGGGUCCCCAAAGUUUGAACCAGACACGUACCUCAAACAGGUGCAGUUCAGCCGCUACGACUUUUUUAUCAUCAUCUCCUGCACCCGCUUCACAUCCGACGACAUUCAACUCACCCAGGAGAUCCAGAGACUGGGGAAGAAGUUUUUCUUUGUGCGCUCCAAGGUGGAUCAGGAUUUGACAAAUGAAAACCGAUACUAUGACGCGGAGGGAAAACUGAAGCAGAGCAAUGCUUCUGUGAAAAGGCCACAUCAGUACAGUGAGAGUGCGAUCCUCGAGGGCAUCAGAGAGAACUGCAUCCAAUGGCUGAAAACAGGAGGGGGGGGCUCCCCACGGGUUUUUCUUGUAUCUAGAUUGGACUUAGGCAAGUACGAUUUUCCCAAAUUGCAGGAAACGCUAGUGGAUGAGCUCCCCAGUCACAAGAGACUCACUCUUCUACGAUCUCUGUCCAAUACUUCUAAAGAAAUCUUGGAGAAGAAAAAACAACAGCUGCAAACACGGAUAUGGUUUAAAAGUGUGGUAUCAUGCGCAGUUGCUGCUAUUCCUCUCCCGGGUCUCUCCAUUGCUUGUGAUGCUACCAUACUGGUGACGUCCCUGAAAGAGUACUGCAGGGACUUCGGUCUCAGUGAAAACGCUCUCGCUGCACUAGCUAGACAGAAUAACAAGCCCAUUGCAGAGCUGAAGGCCGUUAUAAAGUACCCUCUGUGUGAGGAAAUAACAAAAGAUCUUGCAUUUAAGCUACUGACCAAGUGCGCAGCUGGGGCAGUGCAAUAUGCUACAUUGUUUUUAAAAUUUAUACCCGUGGCUGGUGCUGUGGUAGGUUCUGUGGCAGCUGCAGCAGUUUCUCUCCCUACCACAUACUUCAUGUUGAAGAGUUUCCUGGAUGAUGUUGCUGCUGAUGCUGUACGAGUUCUGGAGGUGGUUAUGGACGAAGCCAUUUCAAACUUGGAGAAAAUGGACAAAAACACCCGCACCCCUUGAAAGGAAGAAACAUCAGCACGUGGCUGGAGCUCGGAGCUCAAAGUCUCAUAAAAUUGCUGCCUUUCUGCAUCAGGUGGGAAACUUCACCAGAACUGAGCUCUGAGCCCCAUUUCCACUGAGGUCUCUCACCCACCAUGACAUAUUGAAUUUAAUUCAGCCAUAAAAUGGACAGGGGGGAUCCUGACUGACCCUGUUCUUUGCUUUGUCUUCAUUUCCCCAGCAAAAGAGGCCAAGUUGUGAUAAAGCUCCACAGGGUCCCGAGUGCCUCAUGCUCUCUGCAGAGACCUCAGGGAAUGGUUAUUUCAGGCCCCAGCAGAGAGCAGGGCCAUGGCAGAGCCCAUCAAACUCUUCUCCGGGAAAUGACAGGGAGCGACACCAACGAUGACUUGUUCUAGCCACAGAUUUUCCAUUUCUUGGUUCCCGUUGCCCUGAAAUUGCAGCCUGGGCUUGGGCAUGUGAGUAAAUUCACUCAGACACAAUCGUAAAAACCCUAAA